AUGGCGAAGACAAGAGGAGGAGGUCAAGUUGGUUCUCGUCGUAGUAGACGUAAGCAAGGCUUGGAGGUAGAAGAGAUAACACCACAAGUUGCUCCAGCAACAACACUAAAGGUGAAUAAGAAAAGAAAAGCAAAGAAAGUGGCUACGAGCAGUAGUACUAGAAACAAGAAAGUGGCUGCUCAAGAUGAUGAGGUAGAAGAUAUUACACCGCAAGAUAAUGUGGUUGAAGAUGUAAUACCGCAAGAUGAUGCUGUUGACAAUGUAACACCAUCAUCCAUGGAGGCUGAUCAGACUGAGAAAGCAAUGUCUGAAAAUGAGAAAGAAGAUUCUGAGAUAGAAGGAGAAGCUUGUUUGACUGGACAAGAACAGAAGGAGGAUGAAGAAGAAGCUCCGAAUAUUGACGAAGCUAUUGAGAUGGAAAAAGAUGGUGUUGGCAAUGGUCAAGAUAAUGCGAUUCCUAGCAACACUGAUGAAGGAAGUCAGGUUUCAGUUACUUUCAACGACUUUGGUGAUCAUGUUGGAUCUGGUUCAAUAACAUUAUCAUCUUUUCUUGGUGUCCUUGUGAGGGAACACGUCCCGGUUACAAUUUCUGAUUGGAGAAAAGUUGAUACAAUGACUAAACAAGCAAUGUGGGAAGAAAUUCAGGGGAGGUUUAACUUGCAAGAAAAAUGGCAGAGAGUUGUUAUUUUCAAGCAAAUGGGAAAUAUCUGGAGGGGUUGGAAGUCAAGGCUAUUGAGCAAGACUAACGCAGCUUUCAUGGAAAUAAGUGACAAGUACAGGAAGAUGAGACAAAAUCAGAUUCCUCACACCACCAGCCGCAAAGGAAUGCUUCGUUUAGCUGAUGAUAUGAAAAAAAAGAGUAAAGACCCAAGUAAGGUGACUAGGAGUAAGGUAUGGAUUGCGGGUCACACUCAUGCUAAUGGUAGACCUGUGAAGCCUCAAUUUGCCGAGACUAUUGAACAAAUACAAUCACUUGAUAGUGAAAUGGACUCUACAUCAGCUGUUGAUAACAUAAGGGAAGAUGCUGUGAGCAAGAUUUUGGGAAAAGACAAACCUGGACGAGUAAGGGGCUUUGGUAGAGGGAUUACGGCUACUAAGUUAGCAUUUUUGCAAUCUAGAGACGCAGAGAUGGCUGAAAUGAAAAGUGAGAUUGAAGAGUUAAAGGGCAUUGUCCGAGACUUAGCUGGAAAGAAGGUAAUCCAUUUCAUUACAUUUGGAGAUGUAGUUGUUGGUGAAGGGGAAUUCCGUUAUGCUGAACCGAUGUACAAAAUUGGUCGUAUACCAAUUGGUCCUAAUGCAAUGGCUGUCCUUGUUAAGUCUGCACUAAGCUCAGAAGCUUCUCUCUGGAGGCCUACAACAGAUGUGUUAUAUCUUGAGGAAGCUGUGGGAUGCAAAAUACCUUGGCCAAUGGACAAGGUGCUUUUGUAUAAGGAUCCAGUCGCUUCUGAAAAUGUAUCCAUGCAAAACAAGGAAGGUGAGACUCGAAGAUGCAAAAUAAAUGAUUGGACUAAUAAAGACGAUGAGGUUAUUGCUGAAGGUGUUGUGUGCUCAUCUAACUCCAAAGAGAAGGUUAACAAUAUACCUCUAGGUCCAAGUGCUGUUUGUAGAGAUUGCCGCAAUUUAUGCCAUCAGUCGGUAGAGGAAAUUGUUGAGCAUCUAGUGAUAAGGGGUAUGGAUAAGAAGUAUAAGACUUCUUGUUGGAGUAUUCAUGGUGAAAAAAGAGCAUCUACAGAAGACAGUGGUCGUCGACAUGAAACAGAGGCAUUUGACUUGUUUAAGACAGCAUUCUCUAUGAAUGAAGGUGAACCAAAUCAGACGAAUGGUGAUGAAGCAUUAGAGGCAAACGACGAUGAAGCAGUAGAGGAAACUCAGUUUAGGAAAAAGUUAAGAGAAGCUGAAACUCCAUUGUACUCUGAUUGUAUCAAAUACACAAAGGUUUCAGCAAUUAUGGGACUUUACAGAUUCAAGGUUAAGAGUGGUGUGUCAGAGAACUACUUUGAUCAGCUGUUGGAUUUAAUAAAGGACAUGCUACCUGAAGACAAUAAUGAUUGCAUUCUAUAUAGGAAGGAGUUUGAGAAGUUAGAUAGCUGUCCAAGAUGCAAAGUUUCAAGAUGGGAAAAGGAUAAGCACAGUAAUGAGAUAAAGGUUGGGAUUCCAACAAAGGUCCUUAGAUAUUUUCCAAUCAAGGACAGAUUUAGGAGGAUGUUUAGAUCAAACAAGAUGGCUGAAGAUUUGCGGUGGCACUAUACCAAUGGCACUGAAGAUGGUACAAUGCGACACCCGGUUGAUUCUAUAUCUUGGGCACAAGUGAAUGCUAAAUGGCCAGACUUUUCUGCUGAACCAAGGAAUCUUCGCCUUGGGAUUUCUACAGAUGGGAUGAACCCUUUCUCCAUGCAAAACACCAAUCACAGCACAUGGCCAGUGUUGUUGGUGAACUAUAACACGCCUCCGACUAUGUGUAUGAAGGCUGAGAAUAUAAUGUUGACUUUGUUGAUCCCUGGUCCAACAGCUCCUGGUAAUAACAUAGAUGUUUACUUGGCUCCACUGAUAGACGAUCUAAAAGAUUUGUGGGCUGAGGGUAUUGAAGUCUAUGACUCAUUUGCGAAGGAGAAUUUCACACUUAGAGCCAUGCUGCUUUGGAGUAUCAGUGACUAUCCAGCCUUAGGAACAUUGUCUGGAUGUAAAGUGAAGGGGAAACAAGCCUGCAAUGUAUGUGGAAAGGAUACACCUUCCAGAUGGCUUAAGUUUAGCCGUAAGUUUGUCUAUAUGGGGAACAGAAAGAGACUGCCGCCGGGCCAUCGUUACAGAUAUAAAAAAGCUUGGUUUGACAACACUGUUGAGGAAGGGAAUGCCAAAAGGAUACAAACUGGCGAUGAAAUAUAUCAGACACUUCAAGCUUUUAGGAAUGAUUUUGGAAAACCUCUAGACAAGGAAAAUAAAAGAAAAAGAGCUGAGUUGGAAGAUGAUGAGGUGGUUCAAGAAGAAGAGUGUGAAGAAUCGAAUGAUCUAUGGCGGUGGAAGAAGAGAUCAAUAUUCUUUGAACUACCUUACUGGAAGGAUUUGCCUGUUCGUCACAAUAUUGAUGUUAUGCAUGUAGAAAAAAAUGUGUCGGAUGCUAUAUUGUCUAUCUUGAUGCAAAGUGCUAAGUCAAAGGAUGGUUUGAAAGCAAGAAAAGACUUAGAAGAUAUUGGAAUCAGAAAUCACUUGCACACAGAGGUCAGGGGAAAGAAAACAUACUUACCUCCAGCAGCCUAUUGGUUAUCCAAGAAAGAGAAGACCAUUUUCUGCCAAAGGUUAUCUAAGUUUAGAGGUCCUGAUGGUUAUUGUGGAAAUAUUGCGAAUAGUGUUUCAGUUAACCCUCCAAAUAUAGGUAGUUUAAAGUCGCAUGAUCAUCAUGUCCUAGUCCAGAACUUGUUACCGGCUGCAUUAAGAGGGUUGCUACAUAAGGGUCCUAGGAUUGCCAUAAGUAGAUUAUGCAGUUACUUCAACAGGUUGUGUCAGCGCAUCAUCGACCCAGAGAAACUUAUGACAAUGGAGACAGAGUUUGUGGAAACAAUGUGUCAACUGGAGCGCUUCUUCCCUCCAUCCCUUUUUGAUAUCAUGUUCCACCUUCCAAUACAUCUAUCAAAAGAGGCACGUUUGGGAGGACCAGUCCACUUCCGCUGGAUGUAUCCCUUCGAAAGGUACAUGAAAACACUUAAGGCUUUUGUUAAGAAUCAUGCAAGGCCAGAAGCAUGUAUGGCUGAGGGGUAUUUAGCUGGAGAAUGCGUUGCAUUUUGUUUAGAGUUCCUUAAAGAUUCAGUACCAGUUCAAGAAACAGUUAACCGCAAUGAAGAUAUUGAGGCUGAUAGAAGCGUGAUUGAAGGUCGACCUCUGCAGAAGGGUAUAGAAGUUACUCUAUCAGAUAAAGAUAGAGACACUGCACAUCGCUAUGUGCUAAUGAACAUGGCAUCUUUGAAUCCUUAUGUCGAGAAGCAUUUGGAAGAAUUACAAGCUAAUGAUGCUCGAUGUGCUAAAAAUGAAACUUUGUUGUGGAAAAACCAUACUGAGCAGUUUGCACAAUGGCUUAAAAUAAAGAUUCAUUCAGACUCAACAAAUAGUCAUUCUAAAGAGAUAAGGUGGUUGGCAUUUGGACCAAGAAAUGUUGCUGUAGCACAUAAAGGAUUUAUCGUUAAUAGGCAACGGUUUCAUACAGAUGCGGUUAAGCGGAAGACGCAAAACAGUGGAGUAACUUAUGAAGCAUUUAGCAUGUGUAGAUCAAGUGCUCGAGAUAUGAGACAAGUCGCUGAUAUACUUACAUAUUAUGGAGUGAUAAAGGAGAUUUUACUUAUGGACUAUCACAUGUUCAAAGUGCCGCUGUUUAGAUGCAAUUGGGCCAACACAGGGAAUGGUGUGAAGGAGGAAGAUCGUUUCACUCUUGUCAACCUUCAUAUGAACAAAACAGCCUAUUUGAAAGAUCCAUUCAUUCUACCUUCUCAAGCAAAACAGGUUUUCUACUCUAGGGAAGAUAAUAAUUCAAAUUGGUAUGUUGUUAUGAGAGCACCACCUAGAGGCUAUCAUGAGUUGGAAACAGAAGAGAAUUUAAGUGGUCCACCUUUGCCUAUCCAAGAACUCGAUGAUUUGGAUGAUGAAGCUUGUGAUGAUGAUAGUGUUUAUGUUAGGGAUGAUUGUGAAGGCUUGUUAGUGGUAGAUUGA